CGCCCGCCGCCGCCCCGGGCCCCACGCUCCCCCGGGCCGCUCCCGCCCCUGGCAGCGCCCAGGCCCGCGCUGGCCCCCGCGGGCGCUCGAUGGCUCCGGGCCCGAUUGCACAGCCCUGAGCAACGGCGGCGCCCUCCCCACUCCCCGCCCUCCCCCGCCGGCGGGCGGCGGCGGCGGCGGCCCGGGCGCAGGCCCCCGCCGCCCCCCCGCGCCGGAGGAGGGCGGGCGGACGGAGCCGAGCCCCGCAGCGGCACGGGAGCCUUGCGGCGGGGCGAGCCCAGCCACGCCGUGCCAGCCAGGAAGCAGAACCUUAGAGAAGACAUGAAGUAUGUCUACAUCUACAUUGCAAACAAAAAAAUCUUGACAUCUCUAUGUGGUUACAUUUUUUGAGCUGAUUUGGAGUUUUCUUUGGGGAACAGCCAUUUAAAAUAUCUAAAGAAUCAAUCAUUGCAGUGAGAAAAUCAAGUUCUUGACGUCCUUUAUUCAAGAAUCUGGAGCAAGAGAGACACAUUUUUUACCAUGAGGAGAAAUUAUCUGCUAGGUGUUCAAACUUCUGAUUCAGUCAUCAGAUAUUAAUGAGGGAGAAAGCCUGACUGAGUAACACCGUUCUGGUAGUUUUUUGGGGUUUUUGUAUUCUGCAGUAUUUGAGGAGAGAUUUGAGGAAAAUUGCAAGGAAUGGAGUUAGCUCACAGUUUACUACUAAAUGAAGAAGCGUAUAACCAGCUUGGUGAAUUUCAAAAAGCAGAGUUCAUUUUUGAAUGGUUGCAGUUCUUGGAAAAACUGUUACCAGUGACUAGCAGAGCUGACAUAAGGGAAAACCAGAAGAAACUGGUUGAACAAUUGACUUCUUUAUUAAACAAUUCACCAGGACCUCCUACCAGACGGCUUGUUGCCAAGAAUUUAGCUGUACUUUAUAGCACUGGAGACACUUUUUCUGUUUACCAAACAAUUGAUAAAUGCAAUGAACUCAUUCGGAGUAAAGAUGAUUCACCAAGUUAUCUGCCUACGAAACUUGCUGCGGUGGUAUGCUUGGGCUAUUUAUACAAAAAAUUGGGAAGAAUUUUGGGAAACAGUUUUACUGACACCGUUGGGAAUGUGCUUAAAGCAAUGAAGAAUGCAGAGUCUCAAGGUCGUUAUGAAAUCAUGCUUAGUUUGCAAAAUAUAUUAAAUGGUUUAGGAGCUGCUGCUAUCCCCUGUCACAGGGAUAUUUACAAAGCUGCCCGAUCAUGUUUGACAGAUCGAUCUAUGGCAGUCCGCUGUGCUGCUGCAAAGUGUCUUCUUGAACUUCAGAAUGAAGCAGUAUUUAUGUGGAGUACAGAUCUGGAUAGUGUUGUGACCUUGUGUUUUAAGUCCUUCGAAGGUUCCAAUUAUGAUGUACGAUUAGCAGUUUCAAAACUUUUGGGCACAGUAUUAGCUAGAGCUCUAACAUCCAAACAGAUAACAGCAUCCACCAGGCAUAACUUCCGCAGAAUCUGUUUGGAAGAAGUGAUGGAGCUAUUGGGAACUGGAUUUCUGCGUGGAAGUUGUGGAUUUCUACGAGCCAGUGGUGAUAUGUUGAAAGGGACCAGUUCAGUCAGCAGAGAUGUUAGAGUUGGAGUCACCCAGGCAUAUGUGGUAUUUGUCUCUACAUUAGGAGCACAAUGGCUUGAAAGGAACUUCUCUGCCUUCCUUUCCCAUAUUCUAGAUCUUGUGUCUCCAUCUCACCCUAAGGCCAUUCAGAGUCAGAUGGAUGCUAUCGGCUGUCGCCGCUGUGUUUCCUUUAUCCUUCGAGCUACAGUAGGAGGCCUUCUUGGGGAAAAAGCUCAAAUUGCAGCUGCCAAGGAGAUUUGUCAGGCCAUCUGGAAACUGAAGAAAGUUGUGGAUGCUGCAAUAAGUGACAGUAACCUGGAAACAAGAAUUAGUACAACAGAUGUAACAGCAAGUCAACAUGUGCUUGUUUGUGCACUUCAGGAACUUGGAAGUCUCAUCCAGGGCUUAGGAACUACAGCAGGACCGCUACUGCAAGAUUCCAGUACAGGAGUUCUGGAAGCAGUAAUUUCGGUCAUUCUUCAUCCCAGCAUUUCAGUUAGACUAACAGCAGCUUGGUGUUUGCGCUGUAUUGCAGUAGCAUUGCCCUCCUAUGUGUCCCUACUGUUGGAUCGUUGCAUUGAACGUCUUAGUGCAUUGAAAACCUCCCCAGAAGCAAUAACUGGCUACAGUUUUGCUGUUGCUGCUUUGCUGGGUGCAGUAAAAUACUGUCCUUUAGGAAUUCCACAUGGAAAAGGGAAGGUAAUCAUGACAGUAGCAGAGGAUUUGUUGUGUUCUGCUUCUCAAAACAGUCGCAUUUCACUGCAGCGAACGCAGGCUGGAUGGCUGUUGAUAUCUGCCCUCAUGACAUUAGGUCCUGCAGUUGUCCAGCACCAUCUGCCACGAAUGCUGUUACUGUGGAAGUGCAUCUUUCCAUCAUCUCCUAAAGACCUAGAAAUAGAGAAGACACGAGGAGAUUCAUUUACCUGGCAAGUAACACUGGAAGGUCGUGCUGGUGCUCUCUGUGCUAUCAAAAGCUUUGUUUCCCACUGUGCUGGUCUUCUUAUGGAUGAAGUUGUUCAGAGACUUCUUCCUCCUCUCCCAAGUGCUGUUGAUUUAUUGACGCAGCUUUCUUCAAUAUACAAAUCAUAUGGCAAUUCUUUAAAAACACCAUCAACAGUUUACAGACAUAAACUUUAUGAAUUACUAGCAGUAUUGCCUCCAAAGACCUAUGAAGGAAGCUUCUCUGCUGUUCUGAAGGAAUUAGUGGCUGAUUUGACUGUCCCAGAUAGCCAGAUUGAUGCCUCUACAUUCUUGCUUCCACCCCUUUGUCAUGAGAACGAUCUCCUUUUACUUGGUCCCUUACUGCAGGAGACUGACCACCGAUUUAUCGAAGAGCAGCUUCUUUUAGGUAACAGCAUAGCUGGUGGCAGCCUGGAGUAUGACCCUUACUCAGUUUAUGAGAAAGUGGCAAAAGGUGAUUCAGUACCUAAACCACUACCUCCCGUGUUGUCUGUUAUCAGUGCAGCAACUCGUCUUUUUGGAGUUAUCUUUUCCCAUGUGGCAGAAUCUCACAGGCUCCAGGUGUUAGAACAGUUGUUGAAUUCCAUAAAGCAAACAAAAGGAUCACGGCAACAAAUAGUACAUCUAAAUGUUGUGUCAGCCUUUUCUAUUUCUUUAAAGCACUUGGCUAACUGCAAGGGAAAUUUAGGUCCAGAAGAAGUUAGAAGGUCUGCCCUGACAUUGGUAAUGGGUGCCUUGGAAAGCAAUAACCCACUCCUAAGAUGUGCUGCUGCAGAGUGUUUGGCCAGAUUGGCACAGGUGGUUUCUGACAGUGCCUUCACUGCUGGAUUAGCACAAGUCAGUUUUGACAAGUUAAAAUCUGCUAGGGAUGUGGUAUCAAGAACAGGUCAUUCUUUGGCUCUGGGAUGUCUGUAUAGGUACCUAGGAGGAAUAGGUUCUACUCAGCACCUGAAUGCAUGUGUUGGAAUCCUUUAUACUUUAUCUCAGGACAGUACUUCUCCUGAUGUACAGGCAUGGGCACUACACUCUCUGUCACUGGUAGUAGAUUUAGCUGGCCCCUUGUAUCAUGUGCAUGUGGAACCUACCUUAUCUCUUGUUCUCAUGUUGUUGUUGACUGUGCCUCCUGCUUAUGCUGAAGUUCACCAAAGCCUUGGUCGCUGUUUAAAUGCACUUAUUACCACACUGGGCCCAGAGCUGCAAGGCAGCAGUACAUCAGUUUCAGCCUUAAGAACUUCCUGCCUCCUGGGCUGUGCAGUGAUGCAGGAUAAUCCCGACUGCCUUGUUCAGGCUCAAGCCAUCUCUUGCCUUCAGCAGCUUCACAUGUUUGCUCCUCGACAUGUCAACUUGUCUAGCCUUGUAAGCUGCCUAUGUGAAAUCUUGUUGGAUAAUUCUGUGUUGGUGAAUCUCUGCAGCUCGUACUUGCUGUUGAGACGUGCAGUGGUAGCUUGCUUACGUCAGCUUGUGCAAAGAGAAGCUGCUGAAGUAUCAGAAUAUGCUGUUGCAUUAGUUAAAGAAAGCAGAGAAGAUUUUACUCCAGAUGUUAACAUCAGAGAAAUAGGCCUGGAGGGGGCAUUGCUGGGCUUGUUGGACAAAGAAUUGGAUCAAAGAUUGUGCCAGGAUAUCAAAGAGAUUCUGACUCACAUGCUUACUUCAAUGGCAGUUGAAAAGCUCUCUUUUUGGUUGAAGCUUUGUAAAGAUGUUCUUGCUGCCUCGGCUGAUUUCAAUACAGUAGCUUCAGUAGAUACCACUCAAGAAGAGGAAGCUGCCAAAGCAGACGAUGCAUCUGUAUUAACAUCUGACCUCGAUGAAAGGUUCCAUCCAUUCAGUAACCCACGAUGGUCUACCAGAGUUUUUGCUGCAGAGUGUGUUUGUAAAAUUAUAAGCCAGUGUGAAAAUGCAGGCAGUGCACAUUUUGACAUAACUUUGGCUCAGGAAAGAAAACAACGUGAUUCAAGAGAUGACUUUUUGGUAUUGCAUUUAGCAGACUUGAUCCGUAUGGCUUUUAUGGCUGCCACAGAUCACAGUGAUCAGCUUCGUCUUUCUGGGCUUCAAACAUUGCAAAUUGUUGUUCGAAAGUUUGCAGCUGUUCCAGAACCAGAGUUUCCAGGUCAUGUAAUUCUGGAGCAAUAUCAAGCCAAUGUUGGAGCAGCGCUUAGGCCUGCCUUUGCUCCCGAAACUCCUCCUGAUGUCACAGCAAAAGCAUGUCAGGUCUGCAGUGCCUGGAUAGCAAGUGGUGUAGUGAGUGAUCUUAAUGACCUUCGAAGGGUUCACCAGUUGCUUGUAUCCUCUCUGAUCAAAGUGCAGGCUGGUAAAGAAGCACAAAGUCAACAAUAUAAUGAAAGCACCUCAACUAUGGAGAUCCUGGCUGUGCUUAAGGCUUGGGCAGAGGUUUACAUAGUUGCUGUUGAAAAGCAGAAAAAUCCAAGUGAUGCACACAGUCACUGUUUAAAAAUCGCAAACUCUGCAGAAGAAAGCUACAGAGAUGUAACAUCUUCAGCUGGUGGACUUCUGGACCUGGUACAGGCAGAUCUUGGAACACUGAGCAAGCUCUGGCUUGCUGCACUUCAGGAUUUUGCGCUCUUAACUUUACCUUCAGAGUAUGCAUCGCAGCUACCUACUGAAGGUGGUACUUUCUAUACAGCAGAGACUAUUGAAAAUGCCAGACCUCAUUACUACAACUCCUGGGCACUGAUACUUUAUGCUACAGCAUUGUGGCUUACUAGCACAGGUUUCAUCGUUGUUGAUCCAGAUGAAGGACUUACUAAUCUUUCUAGACCUGUCACCCCAACUACAAUGUGUCAAGAUUCUUCUACCAGGCCCUUGGUGAAAUCUCCUGAGGAUGUGAAUACUGACAGAUUUCAUCUUCUCUUGGGAAUUAGCGUGGAAUUUCUCUGCUCUCCUCGGUCAGAUGCAGCAAUGGAGAACAUUAUUGCCUGUUUACAUGCCCUGCAGGCACUCUUCGAUGUUCCCUGGCCAAGGUCUAAAAUAGGUGGUGAUCAGGAGUUGGGUGUAGAGCUGCUGAACGUUUUGCAUCGACUUAUACUGACCAGAGAAUCACCUGAUAUUCAGCUAGCUGCCCUUGAAGUGGUUCAGCUGAUUCUUUUUGCAGCUCAGGAACACGUGAAGGAAAAGCGGAGAAGUGCAGAAGUUGAUGAUGGCGCUGCAGAAAAGGAAACGUUGCCAGAAUUUGGAGAAGGCAAAGACACAGGAGGACUGGUGCCUGGGAAAUCAUUAGUCUUCGCAACACUGGAGUUGUGUGUUUGUAUUCUUGUCAGACAGCUUCCCCAGCUCAACCCUAAAUUAACUUGUAGCCCUGCAGUUCAAUCUGGGAAACAUCUGCUAUUGUCAGAAGAUGGAAGUAGACUAGUAGCAGCAGCAUUAGUUAUUCUCUCUGAUGUUCCUGCAAUCUGCUCUCCUGAAGGAAGUAUUUCAGUUCUUCCUACUAUCUUGUACUUAAUUAUUGGAGUACUUAAAGAAACUGCUGUGAAAUUGCAAGAUGGGCGGUUACCUUUGACAGUUGCUGCAUCUCUACAAGCACUUAAAGGACUCUUGUCUUCUCCAAUGGCUCGAGCAGAGAAGAGUCGGACUGCUUGGACUGAUCUUCUGCGGAGUGCUUUGGUCACAGUGCUUGACUGUUGGGAUCAAAUAGAUGGGCUUCUCCAAGAACGGGAUGAAGUUAGUCUGCUUACUGCUAUUACAGUAUUUGUUAUGUCUGCCAGUCCAGAAGUUACUACCAUAGAGUGCCUUCAAAAGCGUUGUAUUGAGAAGUUUAAAAUAACGCUUGACUCAAAAGAUCCUCUUGUACAGUAUAAGUGCUACCAGCUGCUGCACUCCAUCUUUCAGCUUCCAAACAAAACUGUGUCAUAUCCUUAUAUUCAUUCUUUAGCACCAUCCAUUGUGAGAAAACUGCAGGAAACAGAAAAAGCAAAACCUGAAAAUGCUGCUGAACUUCAGGUCAUUCAGGAAGGAAUAAAGGUGAUUACAGCUCUUACAGCCACUGCUGAGGAAAAGCACCGUGCUCAUUUGGUGGCCUGCCUUCUUCCCCUCCUGAUUUCCUUUCUUUUGGAUGAAAAUGCUCUGGUUUCUGCUACAAACUCGGCAAAAAAUCUACAUGAGUUUGCUUUGCAAAAUCUGAUGCAGAUUGGUCCACAGUACUCAUCAGUUUUUAAAAAACUAAUGGCUUCCUCUCCCACUAUGAAAGCCAGGCUUGAGUCAGCUGUAAAAGGCAAUCAAGAAAGCAUGAAAGUGAAGACUGCUAAACAUGCAAAGAAUCCUGGGAAAAGUUCAAGCAUUCAGCUAAAGACCAAUUUUCUUUAAAGUCUUAUAUUGUCAUUUUAUGCACUUUUGAUACCAACGGUAAAAAUGUCCCUUUUAGUUUCCAUUCAGAGUAGGAUCACUAUGAGUUGAUCUCAUGUAUUUCAGUUUGCGCUGAAGUAUUACGGAAAGUUUUUAAGAGAAAGCAAAUCUGUACAUAACUUUCUGUUAGCGUAAAACUUCUUAACCACCUCUAAACACUAUGAAUAAAUCUAUCAGAGGUCACCUAAUCUGUAUUUUUGGAUUAUUUUGGACUAAAAUGCCAGAGAUGCAAAUGACUAUAUUAAAAAAAUAUAUAGUGAACUUUAGCAUACGUAUAUUUAGGAGCAGCCCACACUUGGCCAUUAAGUAAAACUAAUUUUGUUUUAAAUCAAUGUUUGUCAAAAAUAAAUUACCCUGAUUGGUUUUAUGGAUUUAACUGGGUCAUAAAUUUACUUGCAGUUUGUAAUCUAUCUUAAUUACUUAUUUAACACACUGCGUCAUUAAGUAAACAGAUUAAAUAUCCUUGUACACCUUACAACAGGUUAUCACUGAUCUCAAAAAAUUCACCUCAAUAAAGGUAAUAUCGAUAGCUUUAAUCCUAAUAAUUUCUCAAGCUGGCUGAGAUUUAAGAAAUGCUGUUGAAUACAGCUCUGCAGCGCUUCUUCGCUGAGGACUCCGUAGUGCUUUACACAGUGGGACUGUUACGCCUACGUAAGUAUUUGCAGGCUUGGUGCCCUGCUGCUUGACAUAGUCUCACUUUCCAGGUUGUAUACUUGUGUUAAUUUUGUAUUAGGCUAGCCAGGCAAUUGGAGCUUACGUAUCUUGUCCAGGAUAGGACAGCAAUUUUAAAAUACUGUGCCUCGAUUCAGACAUCUGCUCUAUCUGGAUGUGUGUUUCCUGAUCUUUAAAUGAUCGGUUAUAUAUACAUGUAACUCACCUAAAUUUUUGUUUCUCUGCAAUGAGAGAUGGACAUAUUUGAAGUCAGCUUGUCUUGUGUCAAAUAAAGUGCAACAAACUCAUACUAAGGAGUAUUUAAUUAACGUUUUUAUCAAGGAGCAUAUUUUAAUAUAGAAAAAUUACUUAUCGGAAUUGCAAUGGCUAUAAAGUAUUUUCUACAUACAGUGUAUUGACUCCUUUCUUAACACCAGUAUUAUCUAAACCAAACACUGUCAAACUGAGGAUAGUAUUUCCUUCUUAUAUCUAAUUACUUUAAAAGAAAGAAGGAAAUAAAAAAUUUACAGAACUGAGAAACACACUGUGACUCAGGAAAAGUGUGAUGUACUGUAUUUUAUUAUAAGUUUUGUAUAUAAAUAUAAUUGUAAAUUGUACAGAAUUAACCAUUUGACCAAAGUUCUAACAAUUCAUUUUUCUAAUUUACAUAAAUAAAGCUAAUUUUCUUCACUUAA